AUGGCCCAAUCCACAUCUCUAAGCGCACACCUGUCAUCCCUCAUCUCGGGUCACCCGAACCGAACAGCACUGGCCCAAGACGUAAUCCCCUCACUCCUCAAGACGCUGCCAUCCAUCGCUCAAGCUCUACGGACAACAUCCGUCUCGCAAGCCGGCAGCGCCAACACCUUCGGCGACGACCAACUAAACGUCGACGUGCUCGCCGAAUCCCUGAUCCGGUCCGCCAUUGCCUCCGUGCCCUCAAUCACCACCGCCAGCAGCGAAGAAGACCCCGUCGAGAAAGCCGCAUACCAAGGAACAUCGAGCUCAGAGCAAAGAGAGAAGUACACCAUUGCCUUUGAUCCGCUGGACGGGAGCAGUAUCAUCGGGCCGAAUUGGACCGUGGGCACGAUCAUCGGAAUCUGGGACGGGGAGACGGCGCUGUCGGAUACGCGGACGCCGCGGGAGAGGCAGGUGGUGUCUAUCCUUGGUGUUUUGGGGCCGCGGACGAGCGCGGUGGUUGCAGUGAGACUGCCUGGGACGGAAGGGAGUGUGUUUGAAGUCAGUCUGACGGACGACGGGGCGGUGGAGGUUCUAAGGCUGAGCGUAAGGCUGAACGAUAGUCCGAAGACGAGAUACUUUGCGCCUGCAAACCUGCGGUGUGCGGCAGAGAACGAGAGGUAUGCGGCGCUGGUGAAUCAUUAUAUUCAGCAGAAGUAUACGCUAAGAUAUAGUGGUGGGCUGGUGCCAGAUGUGUAUCACGCGCUGGUCAAGGGGCAUGGGAUUUACACAUCGCCGGUGACGGAGAAGAGUCCGGCGAAGUUGAGGAGGCUGUACGAGCUGACGCCCAUUGCGCUGCUGAUUGAGUGCGCUGGAGGCGUAGCGCUGGACUCGGUGGAUGGGACGCAUGUGCUGGAUAGGCCGGUGAAGGACACAGAUGAGAGAGGUGGACUGGUGUGCGGAAACAAGGAAGAUGUCGAAUUUGUCAGGGGCCAGUUGCUUGCGUGA